GCAGAUAGUGACAUCACCACUGAGGGUUAUAAAAUUAGAGACUUUUGACAAAACACUGGCAGAAGAGCUUGAAGGCCCUUCAGACUGACCGCCAAUGCUGCCGAUGCUGUCAUGAGAAUCCCCAUCACCUGAUCGACCCGAUUCCAGAAACACCCUUGCUCUUCCCAGACUGCUAGCCGGUACAAUGCUGAGUUCCACCUGCUUCCUGAAGUUUCUGACUAUUGUUUUGUUUUUACCAUACCUGGCUUGGAAUCUCUCUUCAGAUGACUAUGAGGAAGAAGAGGAGGAGGAGGGAGAGAAGACUCCCCCUCCUGAGCUUGGCUUCUGUGAUUAUGACCGUUGUAGACAUCUACAAGUGCCCUGCAAAGAACUCCAGGGCCUGAAUGGCUCAGCCUGCCUCUGCCCAGGUACCUCUAGUCCCAGCCAACCUCCAGAACCUCCCCGUCUUGGAGAUGUGCGAAUCUGGCCAGAUGAAGGUCGGGCAGAAGUCCACUGGUGUGCUCCUGCCUCCCCUGUGGACAAAUAUUGGCUUGAUCUCUGGGAAGGAAGUGACCCUGUCAGAACAGGCCCUCCUGUCCUGUUCAACAACACUGUCCGGAGGGCAGAAUUGGAAGGGCUGAAACCUGGAGGGACUUAUAUCCUUUGUGUGGUGGCCUCAAAUGAUGCUGGGGAAAGUCCUGUUCCAGAAGGAGGUGGAGCAGACUUUGAUGCAAAUGGGAUGCCCCUCUUUGGACCCUGCCGCCAUCUUUCCGUUCCUCUCAGUCUUCGGACCCUUUUGCAUAUCGCAGUAGGGAUAGGGAUGGUCCUGAUCUGUAUCAGCUCUGCUGUCUUGCUAUGGCAUUUCUGUCCCUGGAAGCACUGGGGUCACCACCAGCUCAGAGGUGGUGCUGCUUUCAGAGCUGGGGAAGAACUGUAGUAGCCCUCACCAGGAGCUUAAUUAAGGACCAUGGACAGAGCAGCCUGGUUUUCCAUGCCUUAAGAAAGUGGCCCUAGCUAUAUUGACAGAGGGAGCUACCCUCAGAAAGGAAAGUCACUAGGCCCCAUGCCCCAGUGUGCUUAACAUGGGCCUGAGUCCUAUGUGUGCAAGGAAAUUCUUUGUUCUCAUUGUCUAUUUUGAGUUUACACUUGAUGGUUUGACUGAAAUAUAUAAAGUUUGUAAAUAA